AUGGGACGUAAGCUGCAGGCCGUUGCACCACUCACUAAUGAGCAUGACGGGCAUAUUUCAUCGGCCGUUUAGAAGCACCGCGGAAGGCUUUCUGACAUCGAUCGGAAGGUCGUUGCCGGCGCCACAGAUGCGAUGCCGGGUCAGGAAAGGCGGAGACCAACUCGCAUCAAGAUCUGCGUAAGCACGCGACGCAAUCGACAAACGCUCCGACUACGCGGGAAUUGCCGAUGCCAGAUCUUGGUACGUUCUCCGGAUAACAGUUUCUGGAACGGAGCUGGAAUCCGUGUAUCUGAUUGUCUACACGCAAUCGUUCGCGUAGGCGCCGCUUCGUCUCUGCGCUUCAGACGGGCUUUCAUUCGUCGACUCGCUCGCUCGAUCCAGGCUGCAUUUGCGGCUGCUGUGGCGCAAAAGGCUAUUCUGAGAACCCACACAUGCAACCCGGCUCAGACGGUACACCGCCACGCGCAGCGGUUUGCCGGCGCUGACGUCUUGGUAUGCUACGCGUCAUGGCGUAUUCCACUUUCGCAAGACCAUUGCUACAACUCUCUUUCUUUUGAUUCUGGUUUCUGUGGUUCCUGUUCCUCUCCCAUUUUCACUGUUGUCGCAACAUCCCCAGUCUUCACGAAUAUGCGGACAUUCACUACUCUUGCCGUUGCGGCGACAGCCCUCAGCGCGAACGCAAUUACACUGCUUGAACGACGAGAUGGAACCGCCCUGCGAGUGGUCGAGCACGAAAUAGAACGACGACAGAUUAACAACCCAAUUGCAAGAGACCAAGCACGGCUACGAAAGCGACAGUCCAAGACCGUCACGGAGAAUCUGGAUAACGAAGAAACGCUUUACUUCAUGAAUGUGACUAUGGGAACACCGGCGCAAUCGAUCCGAUUACAGAUAGAUACCGGCUCAAGUGAUCUUUGGGUCAAUGUGGCCAACAGCCAGUUUUGCGCACAACGAGGCAACCCAUGCACUGUGUCUGGAACAUACGCGCCUAACUCAUCAUCGACUUACCAGUAUUUGAACGGCCAGUUCAACAUCUCGUACGUUGACGGAACGGGAUCGAGCGGCGACUACGCGAGCGAUGUGGUCAGAUUCGGUGGCGUCACGUUAAACCAACAGCAAUUUGGUAUUGGCUACACAUCAAGUUCGCAAGAAGGUAUCAUGGGUAUUGGCUACCCAAUCAAUGAGGCGGUCACUCAGUACAAUGGCGACAGACCGUACUCGAACGUACCACAACACUUGAUGCAGCAAGGGGCCAUCAAUACCAACGCCUAUAGUCUUUGGCUCAAUGACCUCGAUGCUUCUCAAGGAUCGAUCCUGUUCGGUGGCGUCAACACGGGCAAAUAUACCGGCCAGUUGCAGACCCUGCCCAUUAUCCCGGAGUACGGUACCUAUGCGGAGUUCGUCAUCGCACUGACUGCGGUUGGUGCUAACGGAACUGUUGGCUCAUUUGGCAACAAUCUUGCCAGCCCUGCCUUGUUGGACUCUGGUAGCAGUCUAAUGUAUCUGCCUGAUAACGUUGCAAACGCGAUUUACAAGUCCGUGGGCGCGACCUACAGCGCUAGCCAAGGCGCGGCCUUCGUCGACUGCAAUCUUGCCAACUCGCCCGGCACGAUUGACCUCACCUUCUCCUCGCCAACAAUCAGGAUCCCCAUGAACGAGCUUGUUAUCGUCGCCGGAGUGCAAAACCGCAAGGAAGUCUGCAUCCUCGGCAUCAGCCCAGCUGGUGGCAGCACACCCGUACUUGGCGACACCUUCCUGCGAUCUGCAUAUGUCGUCUACGACAUUACGAAUAACGAGAUAUCGCUUGCGCAAACGAACUUCAACAGCACGACAAACAACAUUCUCGAGAUUACGAACAGCUCAAGCAUUCCGUCCGCGACGGCUGUGGCAAAUGCGAUCACGAAUGUGGCCGUCCAGAGCGGCAGCCCGCGUCUGGGUGGCUUGACAUCGACAUUGACGUCGCAGGCCUGGGCUGCACCGACUGCUGCGCUUGGCUAUGAAGCUGCGCUUUUGGCUGCAGUUGGCGCUGGUAUGGCAUACGCUCUGUAAAACAAAUGGCACGCCGUAAGCGACCACGUUUGUCGAUCAAGCAGCGAGCUUUGGCGUUUCAUCAUGGAAAUGUGGCUAUUUGUGCAUAGCGCGGCAUUGGGGUGUCUGGAUCUGGUCAUAGAUGUGUUACGAACUGUAGAUAUGAUGAUUAUAUUAGCAGUGCCGCAUGGCAGUGAGUAUCAAUCAUCGCCAAUGGCCUCCGCUCGACCCUUCAACUAUGGCUAGCCUCUUUUAGUAGGCAUCGUGAUCCUUCGCACUCGC